CACGCCGUUAAUUUUAUGCGUGCAUGCGCGCGCACGCCGUAAGUGUGCGGCCGGAUUUCGCAACCACGUAUAUACACGUGGUCUUCGUGUUCCGGGCGUCCUGGCGAGAAAACGGUGGAACUUUUAUACACUCAACUUAGCGUUACUAUGAAGAAGAGUCCCUUGCAGCUUCUGCAACGGUGUAAAGGUAAGUUUUUAGGCAACAUUUGUGUAAGAAAAUGACGGGCUGAUGUGAUUCUCAUGUUCCGCGCUACCAGCAAGAAGACGUCGGAGCUUUUGGAUAUGCAACUCAGCGCUAAUGUGAAGAAGAGUCCCUGAAAGCUUCACGAAACCUGUGUAGUGGCGGCCGACGUGUGUGGGAGCAGUACCAACAACGAGCAAUGCCCUUCUUGCUGCCUGUUGGUCGCCGCAAUGGGAAGUGGGCUACUGAUGUUGGUCGUCGGGGUCGGGGGACAACUGGAGCUGCUGUUGGUGCUGCACGCUUCCUGCUGUUGUACGCCCCUAUCAAGCCUUUCGCCAACUCGAGACGAAAGGCUUUGAAUGGUGACGGUCUGGUGGAUGUGGAGGUGUUGUACUUGUGGAGGAUGAACGCGUUGGCGAUGGAAACGUCUACAAGAAACCGGAAAAUGUACUUGUACACUUUCCGGCUCUUUAGACCUAAUUAUUGCUGCCGGUGCCUGGACCUCACGCACAGUGGUGUCAGUGUGCCUGCGUCUGACAGUCCCUCUCACAUCUGGCUGGACAUUGGUCGCCAUCGCUUGCACCUGCUUGUUGUCCAACCAGACUGUUGCCGUCAACUGACCAGACUGUCGAACUGUGAAAUCCCCCCUGCAAAAGUGUGUAUUAUAAAACUAUAUAUGUAGCGUAAUAAUUAUGUAUGUAUGUAGAUGUGUGUGUAUGUAGAGUGUGUAUGCCUGUAGAUGUGUGUGU